GCGCCCCCUGGCGGCGCGGGCGGCCAUGGGGUCGGCGGCGCUGGAGAUCCUGGGGCUGGGGCUGUGCGUGGCGGGCUGGGUGGGCAUGAUCCUGGCGUGCAGCCUGCCCAUGUGGCGGGUGUCGGCCUACCUGGACGGGAACAUCGUGACGGCGCAGAACACGUGGCAGGGCCUGUGGAUGAACUGCGUGGUGCAGAGCACGGGCCAGAUGCAGUGCAAAGUGUACGACUCGGUGCUGGCGCUGCCGCCCGAGAUGCAGGCCGGGCGGGCCCUGACGGUGGUCGUGGGGCUGCUGGGGCUGGUGGCCCUGCUGGUCACCGUGGCGGGGGCGCAGUGCACCACCUGCGUGCCGGCGGGCCCGGCCAAGGCCCGCGUGGCCUGGGCCGGGGGCGCGCUCUACGCCCUGUGCGGCCUGCUGGCCCUCGUGCCCCUGGGCUGGUUCGCCCACACGGUCAUCAGCGACUUCCACAACCCGCGGGUGCCCGUGUCGCAGAAGCACGAGAUGGGCGCGGCGCUGUACAUCGGCUGGGCCGCCGCCGCGCUGCUGCUCGCCGGCGGCGGGGUCAUCUGCUGCGGGGCCUGCCCGGGCCGGGCCGACCUCGGCUUCCCCGUGCGUUACUCGGCCCCGAGGCGGCCUGCCCCGAGCGGCGACUACGACAAGAAGAACUACGUGUGAGCGGGCCCGGCCCUCGACCCGGACCCUGGGCCGGACGGGGGUUGGCAGCCCCAGACUGGACCCCGGCCUGGGUGGCCACCGGCCUGGGGGUCACGGCGGCGCCCUCUCCGCUCCCCCUUCCCCUCUCACCAAGUCCCACGCCUUACGAGCGACCCCUUCCCUCCAUCCCCCCCACCUCUCCGCCUCACUUCUAAUCUGUACACAGCCGCCAUCGGGCAGAAGGACAGACAGACUGAAAAGCGUUGAUUCCCUGAAAUUUGUACUUUCUCAAGGGGCUCCGCUCUUCCAGAGCGCACCCCCUUUCCCCACCCCCCGCCGCAGCGCCCACCGAGGAAAGAGCACAGGCUUGAGGGCCGGGAGACCCGGGUUCUAAUUCCAGCCCUGCCGUUCAUCUGCCCUGUGACUGUGGCCGAGCCACUUAACUUCCCUGUGCCUCAGUUUCCUCAUCUGUAAAAUGGGGACCUGCUCUUCCUCCCCUUUAGACUGUGAGCCCACGCAGGACCUGUUUAUCUUGUAUCUACCCCAGUGUUUAGUGCAGUGCUUGACACAUAGAAAGUGCUGAACGAAUACCACAAUUCUUCUUAUUAUUAGCAAGGGGACAGCGGCCAGACCCCCUUACCUGCCCGCGGCUGCUGCCAGGAUCCGGGAUUUGGUUGGUGGUUUUCCAGCUCUUGCCAAUGCACCUGGAGUGAGGAAAGUGGGGCCACAGACCAUCAAAAAACGCCCAAACAGCAUUGGAAAUGGCUGGGGUCCGGGGGUUGGGGGAGGGCCUGUCCACUGACAUCUGUCCCCUCGCCCCCCAUUCCUCACAAAAGUAAAUGGAAUGGAUCGGC